CGCAGCGACCGCAUGCGCAGAUGACGCAGCUACUCCAUUUUGCAGUAGCUAGCUGAAGCUGUUAGCUUUGUAAACGCGUCGUUACUUUGUUCGAGUUAAUUUUCCCGCUUUGAGAUUAAAGUAGAGUAAACGGAGAAUCGUCUCCGGGUCCAGGUCUGACUCUGAAUCUUUCUUCGUCGGAGAAAUGGACGGAGAAGAGGACGACUUCAUGUCCGGGAGCCGCUCCGACGAUGGAGGCGGCACUCCGGUUCAGGACGAGCACCCGGCGUCAGGAGGCGAGGAGGUGAGGAGCGACAGACCCCAGUCUGAGGACGAGGGCAGUAACGACGAGGACGCCUCCCACGCCAUGGAGACGAGCGGCGCAGCCAGCGGCUCCGACAACGAGGACCGCCGAGGGGCCGACAGCGACUCGGAGGCCGAGGCCCCCGGGGGCCGCGGCGAUGACAGGAGCGACUCGGAGGCGGAGGCUCCUCGGCCGGCCGACAGCGACGACGACUCCCCGGUCAAACGCAGGAUGAGCGGAUCGGACAACGAGGAGUCGUCACCAGUCAAACACGACGAGGAGGUGGAGGGGUCGUCUCCCACCAAACGCAGGGGGAGCAGCUCAGACAUGGAGGAGGGGGAGGAGCCACCCAAAGCCGCAGACAGCGACUCGGAGAACGAGGACGCCAAACCUGCGGCGUCGAACCGGUCCAACGCCGACAGUGACUCUGACACAGAGACGCCUGCCAGACGCAAGGCAGCACAGAUAGACUCUGACGAGGAGGAGGAGGAGAAACAGCAGGAGGAGGAGGGGAAGUGGAAAGCUGUGAUGCAGUCUGACAGCGAGGAAGAGGAGGAAGGAGGGAGGAGGAGGAAGGCUGCAGCAGGAAGUGAUGGAGAGCAGCAGCAGCAGCAGGAGGAGCAGAGAGACGACAGCGACGAGGAGAAGCCAGUGAAGAGGAAGAAGGCCAUCCUGUCCGACAGCGAGGACGAGGACGAGGAGAAGGACGAUAAACCAGCAGUGAAGAGGAGCCGGGCGGUGUCGGACGACGAGGACUCGGACAGCGACGGGGGGUUCGGAGGUCCCGACAAGAGUCUGGCGGCCAAACUGAGAGAGCUGGGCUCGGACAGCGGCAGCGAGGACGAGCGGACGAAGGCGGCGACGGGGAAGAAGGACGAGAAGGCGCUGUUCGGCAGCGACAGCGACUCCGGAGAAGACGAGGAGGAGAAAAUGAUCGCAGACAUCUUUGGAGAGUCUGGAGACGAAGAGGAGGAGGAGUUCACGGGUUUUAACCAGGAGGACCUGGAGGGGGACAAGAAGGAGUCGAAGGAGAGGAAGCAGCAGCUGGAGGAGGAGUCGGACUCUGAUGAAGGAGUCGACCGCAGCGGUCAGGAUACUAGCUUCAUGUCCGACUUCGACAUCAUGCUCGCUCGGAGGAAAGCCAUGAACAGCAGGAAAAGGAGGCACCGUGACGGAGGGACGUUCAUCAGCGACGCCGACGACGUGGUCAGCGCCAUGAUCACCAAGAUGAACGAGGCCGCAGAGGAGGAUCGAACGCUGAACAGUCAGAAGAAACCAGCUCUGAAGAAACUGACUCUGCUGCCACAGGUCGUCAUGCACCUGAAGAAACAGGACCUAAAGGAGACGUUCAUCGACAGCGGCGUGAUGUCGGCCAUUAAGGAGUGGAUCAGUCCUCUCCCAGAUAAAUCACUGCCUGCUCUGAGGAUCAGGGAGGAGCUGCUCAGGAUCCUACAGGAGCUGCCCAGCGUCAGUCAGGAGACUCUGAAGCACAGCGGGAUCGGCCGGGCCGUCAUGUUCCUCUACAAACACCCCAAAGAGUCUCGAUCCAACAAAGACCUGGCUCUCAAACUCAUCAACGAGUGGUCGCGGCCCAUCUUUGGUCUGACGUCCAACUACAAGGGGAUGACGAGAGAGGAGCGACAGCAGAGAGAUCUGGACCAGCAGAUGCCUCAGAGACGACGACUCAGUCAGCCUCAGAAGGUGGAGAGGGCGGAGGAACCCGACGUCUUCUCUCCACCGAUCAGCUCCGGAGGUCAGACGCCUCGGAGAGACCUGGAGAAGCAGCUCACUGGAGAGGAGAAAGCUCUGAGACCCGGUGACCCCGGGUUCUGUGCCAGGGCUCGAGUCCCGAUGCCCUCCAACAAAGACUACGUGGUCCGACCCAAGUGGAACGUAGAGGUGGACUCCAACAGGGGUCCGAUGAAGAAGGGUUUGUCCCGCGUUGAUAAACAGAUGCGUAGAUUUGCUGACAUCCGCCGCCUGACGAAGACGGGUCACGCUGUUAAAAUCAGUGUGGAGGGAAACAGGAUGCCGCUCUGAUUUUAACCUCUAUAGGAUUUAUUCACUUUUUUUUUCUUUUUAAUGUUCUGUUCCUGAACAAUCCCUCACUUGCCCCCCCCCCUCAGGUCCAGCUCUGCCUUGCUAAAGGGCUGAGGUCAAAGUGUGAACUUUGAAAUCACAGACUCACCUGUGUCUGGUCAAAGAAUAAUAAAUCCAGAAUGAUCCUUGGAAUGAAAGCUUAUUGUUAUUUAUGUUAGCAAUCAGCUAUGCUAAUUUUGUAUUAGCUUAUGUUAGCAGUUAGCUUUAUCUCUAAGUCUGUUAUGCUAUCUAGCUAAUGUUAGCAAUCAGGUGACUUGGCGAUAAACUAAUGUAACAAAGUCCAUCGUAUUAGCUAAUGUUGGCAGGUAGUAAUGUUCAAGAUGCUUCUUAAUGUUAGCUUAUGUUGGCAGUUAGCUACACAAGAUAAUCUACAACAUUAGCUAUGUUAUAGGUAGCUGCAUUAGCCUUAUCUCAAAACUUAGAAGGUCCAUUACAUUAACUUAUGUUAACAUUCAGCUACAUUAGCAUUAGCUCCACAUCAACAGGAUCCUCAACAUUAACUAAUGAUAGCAUUAUGUUAAACCUCUAAACCAGCUAAUUAACAUUCAUGUUUAUCUCCAAGUUCUUAACGUUAAAUGAUGCUAGCAGUGAGUAGAUAGAAUUUUAGCUAAUGCUAGCUUUACAUCCAAGCCAACCAUAAUUGUUAAUGUUAGCAGUUAGCUACAUCAGCUUGUGAUCAUGUAAUCUAAUGCUAGCACUAUGUCAGCUCUACAUUCAUAUGCUAACAUUUAGCUUUACCUCAAAGUUUAUAAUGCAGAUUUUUAGGUAAAGCUAAUGUAGCCAUGGCCAUAAUGUUAGUAGUCUGCUACAUUAGCUUUUUCUCUUCAAUCUGAAGGUUUGUUAUAUUACUUUAUGUUAGCAGCUAUGUUAGCUUUUCCUUCAAACCAUCACCGUCCAUCUUCUCAGUUCAUUUCUGUCAGUAAUUGACUCCUUUUUUUAAAACAAGUGCAAAAACCUGCCAGAGCUCCAAAGAGUUUUCUGGAGAUGAGUGUCUGUUUAAAACAAGAUGAAUGUUCCAGAGUCAAGAAAAUGAAUUCUCGUAAAUACUCUUAGAAUAUUGAACUUAAAAUAAAUACAAAUUGCUCUGCAGUGCUCUGUUUUUCCACUUGUUUUAAUAAAACUUCAGAAUCCCUUCAUACAUGAAGCUGACCUGAAUUUCUAACUUAUCACAGCAGCUGUUUCUCUUCAGAGCCACCUCAGGAUUCAGUGUGAGAGUUUUUACCUUUAAACAGGUGAUUUUAUUUUAAUGCUGUCAUCAGUAAGCAGGUGGAGGUGACGUUAAACUGCAUGAUGUGAUGCUGACAGGAAGUGGGUAGUAUAGAGAUGACGAACCUGAUCCAAGGAUUAUUCUGGUGAGAUUUAGAAUUUUUUUUGUCCAAAGUAAAGUCAAGUUCUCCAGCACUGGAUUCAAGAACAAACCCACCCCACCCCCGCCCCCUUUCGUCUCCUGAAUGUGAAAGUGUGUGUGUGUGUGUUUUGCUGAUAGGCUGGCUGCAGGGCUGAACUCACACAGAUAACACUGAUCCGGAUCAGUCUACACCUUUAAACAGACUCCAGGACCCUGUAGUGAAGAUGUCAGAUCUGAUCCAGAGUCAGUUUGUUGACUGUGUGAAUCAGCUCGUCUGUCUUCACUGUUCUGGAUCAGAUGAUACUUUUCUUAAUAAAGACUCAACAGAAACUCA